UUUCAUUAGUAAACAAUUAUGUAAUUAACAAAAAAUGUUUAAAAUAAUUGUUUAAGAGCCAAAUAUAUUUAUUUGAUCAAUAAUAUAAAUUUUUUUCCAUACGAUAUUUUUUAAAUAAUUUUCACAUAAAUUUAUCCUACGCAAGGCGUAGGUCUUAUCCUAGUUUAAAAGUAAUACAAAGAAGUUAUAAAUUGAAUAGAACUAUAAUAGUGAGAUUUAUUUCUUCAAAUAGAUUUAUAUUUAUUUGCAUUAGAAUGAAUAAGCUUAUUAUUCUAGAGAAGUAUUUAUUCAUCUUAAAUUCCAAGCUACUCUUUUUCAUAAAACACUUUUAUUCACACAAAAAGUAAAAGAGUGAAUGAUAUUUAAGAACCCCACAAAGAAAUAAAAAUUACCGUUGAGAUUCGAACGUUAAGCUUUAAAGACAAACGUUGCGGACCGGACAGCAUCGGAUUCUUCCAGAGCCUCCCACUGAAUAAUACAUAUAAAUAUAUCUGUAAUGAAAUAGAAUCAGACCAAAACCAAGAGUCUAAGAAACAAAAAAAAAAGAUUAAUCAAAAAGAAGACAGCAGCUUUUUACCAAAAAAAGAAGACAGCAGCUAGAUCGAUGGGGUUGGUGGUGGUCAUAUCUCUUCCUCUAAUUUUCUUCUGCCUUCUUCUCGGAUUCGGCUGCUACUUUCUUGGCAAAACUCGUGGCCGUCGUGAGAUCCAUACAAAUCCCCAGGUGUAUGGAGCUCCUGCUCCGCCUCCUGGUGCAAUCAUCUCCGCAGCCUCCUCUCCGCCCUUGUCUCCUCGCACCAAGCCCGACAACUCCCACAACGUAUAAUUUUCAAUCUCCUUCUCUACUGGAAGAUGCUUUUGUUUGAUUCAUUGUGAAUUGCUGUAUGAUUUUAUUUUAUUCUUUGCGAAUAUGUUCCUUUCUUGUUUGGUGGAUUUCUUUUAUGUAAAUUUAGAGCAUUUAAUGUCAUUAAAAAGUUCAAGGAGUUGUAUGGUUUCAAGAAUUUGUUUCCAACUGAUAUUUUUACCGCUGAAA